AGAAAAUUAGAACAUAAACUAUACUCUAUAUAUGGCAAAUCAAAUUUAUGACUGGUGAGACCGCGACGCCGCGUCUCAGUCCAUUUCUCACAAAAUUUUCCCCAGAAACAAACAAACAAACCAUCCCUCCUGCCCUUUCACAGCUCUGUAACAUUGUAAAUAAAAAUUAAACCCUCUCCAAUCAAUAGAUCGAUAUUAUUUAUCUAUCCGUUUGCCUCGAUUUUAGCAAUUUUCAAAUUCCCAUUUUUUUAAAAAAAUUUCUUGGAUCUUUAGGGCUAGGGUUUUCAGAUUUUCUCGGGAAAAAUAUGAUGAGAAGACGGCAAGAUCAACACUCUAGGGUUUUCUACGAGCUAUCAGCUCUGGUUCUCGACAUCCUCCGAUCUCCUCCUACGCCGAAUUCGUUUACCGAUCACUCACCGGCGAUGCCAACUAGGCCGCCGGCGUCGGCGAAAGCUCAGAUCUCGCCGGCGGGGUUCGCGUCGUUGCUUUUGGGGAUUUCGAUGGCUUUGAUGCUAUGUGGGUCUGUUACGUUCUUAAUUGGGUUCUUGUUGAUGCCUUGGGUUCUUGGAUUGGUGAUGGUUUUCUAUGUGGUUGGGAUUGUCUCGAGCUUGUCGAUGUUGGGACGAGCUAUUCUUUGUCAAACCACGUACCCGUCCUCGCCGCGGAAGGAGGUUCCAGCUUGGAAACUUCUGUGAGAGUGGCGGCUGAAUAUGUGAUGGAGGAUUGAGCAGCGCCAAUGUUCUUAUCAUCAGUGCUGCUUCUAGCAAUGUACAACAAGAAGGAAUUGGUGGAGGAACUGUGGAUAACUUUUUUUCAAAGACAAAACUGAAACAUGUGGAUAUGGUUUCUUUGUUAAGUAGAAUAGUGAAUUGUUGGAGGUAAGAAUUUAUGACUUUUUUUUUUUUUUUGAUAAGUUGAAAUUAAUGUCUUUGUUAGUUAUUAUGUUAAGAAAAAUACUGAUUUCUAUUUCUUUUUAUAUAUUUUUCUUCUCUA